AUGGCGAAAUGUUUGAUUUCGGCCACGUUGCGCACCUCAUUGGAUUCCAAGUGUCUGGACAAGCUCAUAGUCAGUUCAGACAAUGACAUCAUCAUUAUGAAUGAUGGGCCCACCAUCCUGAAGAUGAUGGAUGUGGACCACAAGGUGGCCAAGCUGAUGGUUCAGGCCUUGAAUGAAUGGGGCAUCCCCCCCAUUUGGAUCAAGUUGGUGGCCAAAUGUGUUAUGGAACAUUUAGAAUCCAUGGCUAAUUGCUUUGAGGUGAACCCCAAGAAUCCCAAGAACCUGAUCCAAAUGGUCAUGACCGCAUUAGGCUCAAAGGUCAUUAACAAGUGUCAUUGCCAGAUGGCCAAGAUUGCUGUGCACACUAUUUUGUUGAUGACCUUGAUUCCCAGUACUGACAGAUUCUGA